AUGCUUUCAAAAAUAUCUCAAGCAAUCUUUUGCCUUUAUACCAUCUCAGUCCCAGUUUCAGUGUUGUUUCUCUUCCAUGGCUUCCUCAGAUGUUGAGUACCGGUGCUUUGUUGGUGGUCUAGCAUGGGCCACUGACAACGAUGCCCUAGAGAAAGCCUUCUCUCAAUACGGUGAAAUCGUCGACUCGAAGAUUAUUAACGAUCGUGAGACUGGACGGUCAAGAGGUUUUGGAUUUGUGACUUUUGCCAACGAGGAAUCCAUGAGAAACGCGAUCGAAGGUAUGAACGGUCAGGACAUGGACGGACGUAACAUCACCGUAAACGAAGCUCAGAGCCGUGGUAGUGGCGGAGGAGGCCGUGGUGGCGGUGGAUAUGGAGGUGGACGCGGUGGCGGAGGAUACGGUGGAGGUGGAGGAUAUGGUGGCCGUCGUGAAGGCGGAGGAGGAGGAUACGGAAGCGGAGGAGGAGGAUAUGGUGGUGGUGGUUAUGGUGGAAGCAGGGAUCGUGGAUAUGGAGGAAGUGGCGGUGGAGGUGGUUAUUCUCGCGGUGGAGGUGGUGGUGGUGGAAACUGGAGGGAGUAGUGUUUUAGAUGCUUAUCGUUUAUGAUUAUUUAAGUUUGAUUCUAGAUGUUGAGAUCUACUGAUUGAUCUAGAAUUGGGUUCUUGUUCUCUAAUGGCUUUGUAUUUCUGUGUUUUGGGUGUUUCUGAAUCUGGUUAUCUCUGAAUCUGGUUGUGUAUAACGAUCAAUUGAAGGAAUAGUGAGAUAUUAGUGGCGACGGAUUUUGAUAA